AUGAAAUCAUAGAAAACGUUAUUUAUCCCAAUUGAAGAAUAAAGCUCAGAUAUAUUUAAUGAGGCACCAAAUUAUGACUUACUUACCUAUUCAGACAUUCUAUUUAAUUCUAAAGGAUUUUAUGGUUGCGUUGCUGUUGGUUUAAAUCUUCAUACUUUUUACUAUAACGAUACCAUAAUUGCAGAUCAUCUAAUGAAAACUUACUAAUAUGAGCCAUGGGUUGUAUCUUUAAUACAAUCUGUUUAACCAGUAGGAUUCUUGCUUACUACUCAUUUUGCCUCAAGGAUAAUAAAGAGAUUUAAUCCUUAACUAAUCGUAAUUUUAGCAUAAGGUUUCUAGGCUCUUGCAGCAUUUCUAGUUGGUCCAAGCUAAUUUUUUGGUAUCCCUGAAAAAAUUUAUAUAAUGACUAUUGGACUAUUGCUGACAGGUAUUGCCUCUCCUUAUAAUUUGAUUACACCAUUUUCUAUUUUAUCACAGACAGUAGAGUCAAAGAAAAAUAAAAAUUACAACUCAGAGUAGGUAUAGGACAUAAUUAGUGGUUUAUUUAACUCAUUUUACGCUAUCGGAGGAAUAUCCGGCCCAAUAUUUGGAGGAUAUGUAUUUUAAUUAACUAAUUUUAGAACAACAAGUGAUAUUCAAGCUCUCAUUUUAAUAUUUAUUGGAUUAACAUAGCUUCUAAUAGUUUAUUUACCCGAGAAACUAUUAAUCAAUGGUACCAAGAAUAAUUAAGAAAAAAUAGCUGAGGCAAAAAUUGAGAAUAUUUAAACUGAAUAGGGACUUUAAGAUGUUCAUUGA